GGAAAGCGACCCAUUACUGCUCCGGACAGCUCUUCAUACCUGCUCACAGAACUCUUCCUGGUGCAAAAAGCCAGACUUCCCAGGACAACAUGAGGAGUGCAGCCAAGCCCUGGAGUCCAGCCACCAGAGCCGGGAACCAUGGGACAGACCGUGUGCGGCCUCUCCCCACAGCCUCUUCCGGCAUGAAGAGUUCUAAAUCUUCAACCUCUUUGGCGUUUGAGUCCCGACUGAGCAAGCUCAAGAGAGCUAGCAGUGAGGACAUGCUCAACAAGCCAGGAAGUGCCACUGUCUCCGGGGUAGCUCGACUGAAAAAGACUUCCACAGCUGGAGCCAUCUCUGAACUCACUGAGAACCGCCUGAGGAACAAUCCAGUGAAUGUUCGAGAGAAGACCUUCCAAAGAACAACCCCAGUAGCAUAUUCUUUGGGGGUUGUGACCACAACCAAGCGGACCGGCAUUCCAGCUCCUCGAGAACUUUCCGUAACUGUCUCAAGAGAGAGAACUGUACCACGUGGUCCUUCCAGCACAAGGAAAUCAGUAUCUAGUCCAACCUCUUCCAGCACCCCCACUCCUACCAAGCACCUAAGAACCACAUCUACUAAACCCAAGCAAGAGAAUGAAGGUGGAGAAAAGGCUAUGCUUGAAUCUCAAAUUCGGGAGCUUUUGGCAGAAGCCAAAGCAAAAGAUAGUGAAAUUAACAGGCUUCGAAGUGAGCUGAAGAAAUAUAAGGAGAAAAAGACUCUGAGCCCUGACGGGAUUCAUGCUUUGGACCCAAAUGUAGAUGGAACAUCAGUCUUAGCAGGUGACUCAGAACCUUUGAUAAGAGCUCUUGAAGAAAAGAACAAGAAUUUUCAGAAAGAACUUGCUGAUUUAGAGGAAGAAAACCGGGUGUUGAAAGAGAAACUGACUUAUCUUGAACAGUCACCUAAUUCAGAAGGGGAAGCAAGUCACACUGGUGAUAGCAGCUGCCCAACAUCCAUAACUCAAGAGUCAAGCUUCGGAAGCCCAACUGGAAAUCAGUUGUCAGGUGAAAUAGAUGAAUAUAAAAAAAAUGUGCAUGAGAAUGCAUUACGUACAUCGGGUUCUUCAAGUAGUGAUGUUACCAAAGCUUCUUUGUCACCAGAUGCCUCUGAUUUUGAGCACAUCUCAGCAGAUACUCCCUCCAGACCCCUGUCUUCCACUAGCAACCCCUUUAAGAGCUCUCGAUGCUCUACCACUGGGAGCUCCCCUAACAAUGUGAGUGAGUUGUCCCUGGCUUCCCUUACAGAGAAGAUACAGAAGAUGGAAGAAAACCACCAUAGCACUGCUGAAGAACUGCAGGCUACUUUGCAAGAAUUAUCAGACCAGCAACAAAUGGUGCAGGAAUUGACAGCAGAAAAUGAGAAACUGGUGGAUGAGAAGACUCUUUUGGAAACUUCCUUUCACCAGCAUCGAGAGAGGGCAGAACAACUAAGUCAAGAAAAUGAGAAGCUGAUAAAUCUUUUACAAGAGCGAGUAAAGAACGAAGAGCCCAAGGUUCAAGAAGGGAAAAUCCUCGAACUGGAACAGAAGUGUACAGAAAUUAUAGAACAGGGUCGCUUUGAAAGAGAAAAGCUGCUCAACAUCCAACAGCAGUUGACUUGCAGCUUACGGAAGGUGGAGGAAGAAAACCAAGGAGCUUUGGAAAUGAUUAAAAGCCUGAAGGAAGAAAAUGAGAAACUAAAUGGAUUUCUAGAACUGGAACGGCAUAAUAAUAGUGCAAUGACCAAUACCUUGGAAGAAUGUAAAGUUACCUUGGAAGGACUGAAGAUUGAAAAUGGGUCAUUGAAGGCUAACUUAGAGAAUGGAAAGCAAAAAGCCAUGGAGACCUGUCCCAUGGGGCAAGUGGCAGAAGGCUUUGAAGUUCAAGAAAUGUUGAAAUUAGCUCGAGCUGAGAAAGAUCAACUGGAACUGACCUGUACUGAGCUCAGACAAGAAUUACUAAAGGCAAACGGGGAAAUUAAACAUGUUUCAAGCCUAUUAGCCAAGAUGGAAAAGGAUUAUUCUUAUCUGAAGGAGAUAUGUGACCAUCAAGCAGAGCAGCUAAGCAGAACCAGCCUAAAACUGCAAGAGAAAGCAUCAGAGAGUGAUGCAGAGAUAAAAGACAUGAAGGAAACCAUAUUUGAAUUAGAAGAUCAAGUGGAACAACACAGAGCUGUCAAGUUACAUAACAACCAACUCAUCAAUGAGCUAGAAAGCAAUGUGAUGAAGCUAGAGGAACAGAAAUCAGACCUGGAAAGGCAACUGAAGACUCUGACUAAACAGAUAAAGGAGGAGACCGAGGAGUGGAGGCGGUUUCAGGCAGACCUGCAGACUGCCGUGGUGGUGGCCAAUGACAUCAAGUGUGAAGCUCAGCAGGAACUGCGCACGGUGAAGAGGCGGUUGCUUGAGGAAGAGGAGAAGAACGCCAGGCUGCAGAAGGAGCUGGGGGACAUGCAGGGUCACAGCAGACCUAUGAAUGAAGACUCAGAGCCCUCCGAGGCCGAUGCCCCUGGCCGGUGGUCUGGCAUCUAUGUGAACAGAACAUCUCCAACACCUUCUGAGUCAGCAACCACCGUCAAGUCACUUAUCAAGUCAUUUGAUUUGGGACACCCAGCAGGUGGAGCUGCACAGAACAUUCCUGUCCAUAAGGCACCCCGAAGCCCCCUCAGUGGAAUCCCGGUGAGGACUGCCCCAGCCGCUGCUGUUUCUCCAAUGCAGAGGCAUUCGGCUUAUGGCAGUGUCCGGCCAGCCAGCAAAGCCGUCACUCAACGCCUGGAUCUCCCAGACCUUCCCCUCUCAGAUCUUCUAAAGGGAAGGACCGAGGACCUGAAACCGGACCCUUAUCUCCGUAAGAGUCCUUCGCUUGAGUCACUGAGCAGACCCCCUUCUCUGGGCUUCGGGAGCACUAGACUGCUGAGCGCCUCCACUGGGGGGUUGAAGCCCCAAAGCAAACUCAGUGUGGAAAGAAGAGACCCUCUGGCAGCCUUGGCCCGGGAAUAUGGCGGCUCCAAGCGCAAUGCUCUGCUGAAAUGGUGCCAGAAGAAAACAGAAGGCUAUGCGAACAUUGAUAUCACCAAUUUCAGCAGUAGCUGGAGUGAUGGCCUGGCCUUCUGUGCACUCCUCCAUACCUAUCUGCCUGCCCACAUCCCAUACCAGGAGCUGAACAGUCAGGAAAAGAAAAGGAAUCUUUUGUUGGCAUUUGAAGCAGCUGAGAGCGUAGGCAUCAAACCCAGCCUGGAGCUCAGUGAAAUGCUGUACACAGACCGGCCUGACUGGCAGAGUGUGAUGCAGUACGUGGCCCAGAUCUACAAGUACUUUGAGACAUAAACCAGAGGGCCCAGAGGAGCCACCACCGCUGAGAUUUGACCUGGAUGCACCCAGUCACUUUCCAGGAGCCUUGUUGGACCUCCACCUACUUCCUGCAUUUCAAAGGAAGACUCAACCCAGGGGACCAAUGGACAAAUUAAAGACAAAGCAGGCUCCACUCUGCCCCUACCUUAAACCCAGCCCCUUUAGAGUAAGUUGGGGAAGCUGUGCUGCCCCAUAGGGCCUUCCUCCUUCCAGAGCCAGGAGCCCCUGCCAGGCCUGUACCACGAGGACCCUGGACAACCUCCCCUCACGUGACUGUGACUCCACAUCUGAGCUACACUGAGAUGCACGACAUUUACAGAUCAGUCACCUUUGUACUAAAUAUCCUGUCUUGCCUGUAUAACAAGCCUGCCUUUGCCUCCCCACCCCAUCCCCCACAAAAAGAAAAACAAAACAACACCCCACAGAACACAAGGAGACAAGCAGUUGCCCUCCCUCAGCCUGGAAACACACUGAGUCCUGCCUUUUAGGAAACAGGCUUACAUUCUAGGUGACAAUUUAACAUCCAGAACUUGGCUGUAACUUUCACAUCUCACUGUCAUCUGAUUCAUUGGCUGGAAUGUAAAAUGUGAGAAUGUGCAGGGCCCUGAGUAUUGCUCCGACUUCUGAAUUGGAACACAGAAUUCCGCAUUCUCAGGGGUUGCUUACAUGCCGAGAGGGAAAUUCAGGGUGCUUACACCCCCAUCACAGCCACACCUUUGGUCAUGUGCAGAGCUUGGCAGAAAGCCACACGUGUGUGCAUGAAACGGCCAGGGCCUGCCAGACCUUCAUGUAUAUGCACAAUUAAGCAGGCUGGAAAUAGGUAUUAUUUAGGAUCAGGGCAGACAGCAAUAUUUCAUCUCUAAACUUCAGCGGUUCCUUGGCUCUUUUAUAUUUGCAUUUCAAAAGGAAACCCUGGGUGGGCAGAGAUGGCACCUACCCAUUUGACCUUUGGUGUUCUGAGUUGGUCAAAGAAGUGCACGUUGCACAGCAAAUGAGGGUGCGGUUCUUGCAGAUAAAUUCAGUGCCCAUCACUUUCAGGUGUAGUGGAGCUGUGUGUGCCCCUCUGCACAGGGCAUCCUUACCUUAAGGAGCCUCCUCUGAGACCCUGUCUUUCCUCAGAGGAGCGCUGACCCCUGCGCGGAGCUUCUGUCAGAAUCUGGACCCAGAGGCCAUUCCCACCCUGUACGUGGUGCCCCCUGCAGGCCAACGCCCCUUUUGUGCAGGUGGCAGCUGGACUCUGGCUGCUCGUCUGUCCCUUCCUCACUUUCCUCGAUGGCGCUAGAUCCAGAUCUCCUGGGGAAUUUGCUGACUACACACGCUCCUGGCUGCCCCUUCAACUGAGUCAGACUCUCUGGAUGGCACAAGUAAAGUAAUGUAUAUAUUUUCAGAAUUCCCCCAAGAACCACUAAGAGGAGAAGGUGCCUUCCAUUGCCCCCCAGGGCAGCACAUUGAAAUGCAGGGAGCUCCUCUGAGUUUGAGAGGUGUGACCUCAUAACUGGACCACUGUUUCCAGGUGGAUGCUGGAGGCACAGUCUAAACAAAUUUAGUUUGCUCCUUCCUGAUGAACUUACCCAUCUGAAAGUCAUUACUUGCAUUGCUUCAUGCAUCUUCAUGUGUCUUUUGUUGACGACUGAUGUAGUUUCUUUAGCUCCAUGCUUCUGCCUGCCCGUCCCAGUGGAGAAGAGCAGUAUUCCAAGUUCUUAGGGGUUGUGUUUAACCGCUGUAGGUGGUUAUGUUGAAUCUGGACUUACUACAGGGCUUUGUGCAGGAGAGACAGCGAUGUAUUUGGUUACCUGGAGGAACUACUUAGCGUGCCCUGUGCCCUCUUUUAGUGAUCAGUAGUCACAGUUCCGAAUGAGUGAGAGACAUAGCUGUCCUAGCGCUGUGGUGGCCUCGCCCUUCUCCUCUUCCCUCACUCCCACCUGGUGUCUGCUCCUUUUGGGUUAAAAAGAAGGAAAGUAAUGUCAUGUGACAGAAAGGCCAUGUGCAGUUUCUUUUUAUAACCCAAGGAAAUUCUGUGCUUUGCCAGUGAGUGUGCCUGCAGAGGAGGAAGCUCUGUCCUGGGCCCGGAGCACAGGUGGUUUGGACAGGUCUGGCCCGAGGGAGACGGUGGGGGCAGCGCCAGGGCCUGGAGGGAAGCUGUCCAGGUCUGUUUUGAACUGGGACUUCAAGAAAACAAGGUAGCAGCAAGAGGGUCACUCCUAGUUUUCCAUCCUGGGUCUUUCAGAGGCUACAAAAUCCAUCUUCUCGUCUUCCUUCAGGUAAUACUUAGUCAUUUAAAAUUAUUUUGUGGUUCUGCAGUUGUUAUUUUAAAUAGUUUUAUGUGUAAAGGCAUACAAAAUGCAAGACCCAGAAGAGAGAAGGGAUUAAGACAGAAAGAGAAUUUCAUGGUGAGUUGAGAGCAUGGGGAGUUGAUUCAGACUUGAACUUUAGUUGGCCAAUGCCAGAGCCACAACCCCCUCCCCACCAGGUCAGCAUUCUGGGGACCUGGCAAAGUCACGCUUCUCCUCCUGACCCCCUCUCACUUCAGAAAAGAUGUUAGUUCCUUUGUUUUCAUUCUUCAUUCCAUGGUUGAGAGCUUUUGUUGACACUGUUUGAAGUAGGUGCUAUAGGUGUUAGAAAUCACAGUCCGAGCGACUGGCCCACAUGCAGCCGCAGUGUUCUCUUCCUGCCUGUCUCCCCCAGGACCCCCAGCACCCCUCAGAGGAAGGCAGGUGUUUGUCUGGCAAGGCACAAAAGAGACCCAGCUUUGUUAACUACAAACUCAUGGCCAAAUCCAGAAGUAGUUACUACCUUUUUCAGAGUUUGAGUGCCAUUUUGAAAUGAACUACCACUGACAAGCAGGAAAGGGUAUAACCUAGCAAUCUUUUUUUAAAGUAUUUUUAAUAUCUCAUUGCCCAAGUUCACUGGAUGUUUCACUUCUCUAACCCGAGUUAGAGUUUGGCUAAAUCUCUAACAUCUUGAGUAGCUUACUGAUUUAACUACAUUAGUUGAAUGCAGUUGAUACAUCUGUGUCCUCCUUUCUCUAAAGAGCACACCAGACUGUACCAAGCAUUGUCAGGAUAUGACAAGCCAGCAUAGAUGUAUUUAACUAUUAACACACAAAUGUACAAUGUAUGACUCUGUAAUAUUUCUAAUAAAUAUAUUUUGU